GACGUGCGGAUUAUUCUUGGCUACCCAGAGCCUCCGGCACUCUAUGCGCAGGAGUGGCAGAUAGUGGAAGUGGACUGCCCCAGCGAUGACGAAGACGAGAACAUGUCAGAGGAGAACCUCUCAAAUGACACCAUGGAGCUGAGCAUGCUGAAUGACACUGACGACGAGAACAGCUCUUGGUUCAACGCAUCCAACAUGUCCAAUGUGUCCUGGGAAGGGCUGACAGGAGAGCGCAAGCGUUGCUACGCAAACAUCACCAUGAACGUCUCCUUGAACAUCACAGGUGAUGUGGAGCCUUUUGU